CUUCAUCAUAUCCAAAUUUAAAACAUCUUAAUUUAUGGGAUAAUCGAAUGAUAACUGAUGAAGGACUAUGUCAAAUUGCACAAUCAUGCAAUAAAUUGGAAUAUCUAAAUAUUUCUUAUUGUAAUGGUAUACGGGGUAGUCGAGGAAAAAUCAAAGAUGCUAGUAUAUUACUACAAAUGCACCUCAAAUUAGAGUACCUUGAUUUCGCCCAUGUUAUAGCUUUUCAAAAUAAUUUCCUUAUUGUAGCUAUUAUCAGAUCUUCUCCAAAUUUAAAAUAUUUUGAUAUUUUUGGUAAUGAUAUCGGAGAUGAGGUUGUUGAAGCACAUCUUGAACUUGGAUUUUGUGAUAUUUCUGAUAAAACCAUUAAAGAAAUAGCCU